GCUGAAGACCCAUAUUCAACACAAAAGACGUGUUCAGCAUGGCUCCUGCUGCAAAUGCGGAAGACCCCUAUUUGCUGGAGCUCUUGGCCGAGUUGAAUGCCACCAAAAAGGCGCUAGGCAAUGUAUUUGGUGGACGGCUCCAGGAUUCUCCUCGAUCUGAGCCAAUCUCAUUGACUUCUCAGACAUCAGCACAAGUCCGUUUUGGGCAACCGGAGCAACCCACAGGUCUGCUGCUGCAGACUCCAACGCUGUUUGGCAAGAUGUCGCACUUUGGACGUCGGGAGCCUGAUUCACCGAGCCCAAGGCCGAGAGGUCGACUUCUCAGUUUGCCAGGGCGAUUCAGAGACAGAGCAGACAGAGCAGAUGCAACUCCAAGCUUCCACAGCACCUUAGCUGAAACCAACAUGGAUGAUCUGAACUCAGAUGCAAGUUUGAGCAGUUGUCAAGAUAGGGAGGAAAGGAGCCUUUCGCCAGUUUUCCAGCCACCAGUAGACUCUGAAAGAAGGCAGGUAGUCUGGAGAGGGAGGGCUGACAAUUUGGGCGAAGCAGUUGGAUGCUUGGUCUCGGGUAUCCAUCUGAUCAGCAAAAGCCCCAUGCGAGCCAUACACCGAACCAAAGAUCGAGAUGAAAGGCAUGAAUAUUUGGAACAAAGUCAGGGGAGUGGCAUCUUGGCACAUUCACCUUGCCGUAACACAUUGCCUUGGCUCAUUGAGUCGAAAAUGAGAAUGGAGCUUGAAGGAGAUCAAGGUCCUCGGCAUGUGACAGACGCUGAUGAACACUCACUCACAGUGGCAAGACUUGGAAACUUGCAUUCUGACAUUGCUGAAGAGAGCUCCGUUCCAACAGCUUUUGUUCUGGAAACUCCAGAGAAAUACCAGAUUGGAAGGCCGCCAUGCAUGUUUGGAAGAUCCCACGUGAACAUUCUUGCACAUCCAGAUUGGCACAAUUUCUGGCUUGACAAAAGGCAUGGCCCAGCCCGCUUGCUUUUGACAUGUCAAAAGCAAUUUGCUCACUUGUUCAAUGACCAUUCCACAGCUCCCGGUGCUCACUCGUUUGCAGAAGCCUUUUGCCGGACAGAAGCCUCUCACCCUGGCUUCAUGGUGCUCACAGGUCGCUGGAACAAAAGGCCAGGCGCUGCAAUUGAAGAUGCAGAGUGGCCAUUUGAGUCGCACCAUCAAGCUUCCCAGCUGAAGGACUUGCCUGACGUGGGCUUUGUUUCCACGGCCUCGGGACCUCCAGAUCUUGGAGCUCCCGUUGCUCCUGGUGUUGGCGCUUUUUUUGAGCGAGCUGGCGUGAGCCACCAGUGCUUGAAACCCCAUCAUGAGGAAAAGGUGGAGGAGGAGCCCGCUAUGUUCUGCCCAAAGAGGCCAGAAGCUGAGAGCAAAGAUCGAUAUGGCCGCUGCUUCAGAUGCUGCAGGAGAUGUAGCCGCAAACAGUUCUUGCUCAUUUUGGUCGUGGCAGUCCUUUGUGUUGGGCUGAUUGCAUGUCUCUGCUAUUUGAUCAUGGUGCUGUUUCGCUUGGGCCCGUAUAGGUGCAGCAGCCCUGCGACACCCUUGACACCAGAGGCUGCUUCUAUGAAACAAAAGUCAGGCUAGACUUUUGAUAUCGACACCCAAGUCUACUUUGCCAAGUUCAGAAGUUCAUAUUGCGGCUGUGCAAAAGAUCUGGAACUGAUGCCUGAGGAUUGCUCUCGUCGGCUUCGCGGUGAAUUUCGAACUGCGUGAGACGAGCCAUGCCAAUGAAUGUACAAGUCCUGUUUCAAUCAGAAUGUACAGAUUCUGGAUGCGCGGCAGUCUUGUUAAUAGCUCCAGCUUCAGGUGAGAGAC